AUUAACGUGCGCCUGUUUUAGCUGAAAAGGUGAACGAAGAGCUUUUCGGUGCGGUACCGCUCGGGGUCCAUGUUACCGGUACAAUUUAACGGCCAGGAUUAUCCGGACGAAGAAACGUUAUCAGGGAAACUCAGCCAGGGAGAAGCAAGAUUUGUUGAAGAGAUUUCAUCGAGCCAACCUUCCAGUUUGCUGUUUCCGGGGCUCUCAUAGUUUUAAUUGUUUUCCAUGGGUGUGUCAGAUUCCUGAGCAGGGAGGAUGACCUCUGAGGCUGUGGUCUCUCCUGCCUCUCCUGCCAUCAGCAGCAGCACCCCUGCCAAUAGGGACUACCACUUUCUGCGCUCCUUUGUAGCAGGAGGUGUUGCAGGAUGUUGUGCCAAGACGACCAUUGCUCCUUUGGACAGAGUCAAGAUUCUUCUUCAAGCCCAGAACUCCCAUUACAAACAUCUGGGAGUGUUUUCUACUAUCAGAGCUGUGCCAAAGAAAGAAGGCUACCGCGGCUUGUACAAGGGUAAUGGGGCAAUGAUGGUCAGGAUAUUUCCUUAUGGAGCCAUCCAGUUCAUGGCCUUCGACAAGUAUAAAAAGCUGUUAAGCAAACAGGCUGGGAUCUCUGGACACAUCCACCGCCUCAUGGCAGGAUCUAUGGCAGGAAUGACUGCGGUGAUAUUCACCUACCCUCUGGAUGUUGUCCGAGCCAGACUGGCCUUCCAGGUGACAGGAGAGCAUCGCUACACUGGAAUCAUCAAUGCCUUCCACACUAUCUACCUUAAGGAGGGCGGCGUCCUGGGCUUCUAUAGAGGACUCACUCCGACACUUAUUGGAAUGGCUCCUUAUGCAGGUUUCUCAUUCUUCACUUUUGGCACCCUGAAGAGCCUCGGUUUGAAACAUUUCCCCGAGCUGCUGGGACGCCCCUCCUCCGACAACCCCGAUGUCCUCAUUCUGAAAACCCACGUUAACCUGCUCUGCGGGGGGGUCGCCGGUGCCAUCGCUCAGACAAUAUCGUACCCUUUGGAUGUGGCGAGGAGAAGAAUGCAGUUAGGAGCCGUGCUUCCUGACCAUGAGAAAUGUGUAUCACUGACCAAGACACUAAAGUAUGUGUAUAACGAGUACGGGAUCAAGAAGGGAUUGUACCGAGGCCUUUCUCUCAACUACAUCCGCUGCGUCCCCUCCCAGGCUGUGGCCUUCACCACCUAUGAGUUCAUGAAGCAGACCCUGCAUCUCAACUAGUCUUUUCCUGUCCGCUCCAAGUCAUUAAGCAGAUCGACCUCAGUGCUUCCAUCGUAGAGCCAGCUACAUCUCACACUCUUAUGGGAAUCAUCGCCUGAAAAAGGAACAUAAGAGAGUAAGGCACUCCACGUCUAUCCUGUUUCAUUCUAUCUUCCUGCUGUUGUGAGUCACCGCCUCUAAAGAGAAGAUUUACUCAAACGCACGGCAUGUGGCUUGAAUUUGAGCGAGUCUCUCAUCAGUAGAUGCAGCAGGUCAGCGGCUCGGUUGGUUGGAUGACUCGUGGGGGGACGAUGUGCUCUUAACCAACAGCACAACAACCUCCUGUUUGUUUAGAAGCCCCAUACACACACAUGCUCAUAGUCUCACUUCUCAUCUUUCUUGUGCAAACAGCUUAAAAUGAUCAAGUUAGUUAAAUUAAAUUAGUUUCUUUUCCAUAACUUUAUGUACAAAGAAGGGAAAUAAGUGAUAUGCAUUUUUUUAAAAGUAUAUCAGCCCUUAACAUUUAAAUUUAACACAUUUUCUUAUUGUUUAUUACAUCUUUCUUUUGUUUGAUCGUCUUUUUACCAUCUUGGUAAUGAGAAGUUUAAGCACUGAUGAAAUAAGCUGAUGAUUUGUCAUUUUCAGUGUCUUUAAAUUGACGGUGCAGGUUUUCGAUGCAGUAACUUUAGGAGAAGUUGCUGUUUCUGCGUCUUUGCCUUCUACACAAAUCUAAAAUCAAUACAGUUAAGCUACUGUUUUGUUAUUUUAAGAUGCAGUUACUGAGGUGGUAAAUUAUCUUAGUUCACGACAACUCAACAUUUUUGUUGCUGAAAUGUUGUUUUUUUUAUGUUGGUAAAUGUGCCCUCAUAUUUUAGUCUGUAGCUUUUCUCAGCUGUGAUCAGAAAUGUUUUCUUAGUUUAAGAUGUCAGCAUUUUGACAUAAUAUGGAUGUAGGUGUGACAUGUGGGAGGGUCGUGAAAGGACUCAGGAGAAAUUUGCACUUCACCACUGUAGCUCUUUUCAUUUAUUUAUUGAUUUAAUGACCUGUUGCCACUGGGUGGCAGCAUUGAAUAUAAAUUUUGUUGUUUACAAUCAGAGCUGAACACAACAUUCAUAAACAUUUCAUACAAGUCUUAACAAAUACAAGUCAUGGUAGGAUAUUUGGAUUUUUUAUGUUAUUUUGCUUAACAAUGUCAAGUUGUCAAAUAGUUUGUAUAUUAUAUGCAUAUAUAUUUCAAUUACUCUGUAGAGCUACUGAAUGACUGUCUUCAAUCAUUACUGAAUGAAAUAGUCUUUUAAUCACUUUUGAACAAAUGUUUAUGUGCGCCUCAUCAGUUUGUAACCUCCUUUUUUCAGCCUUUUGCCUUCUUCUGCAUUGGAUGUCUUACUUCACCAGAGUUCAUUAUUCUGUUGGAGUUAUUUUGCACGCUUUCAGUGGAUGCUUGUAGAUCUCUGGCAGAAAGGGCAGAAAAGUUCCCAAACUUUUUGACUUGUGAGCCCUUUAAAUGAAGCUGUGUAAGACCAGUCAUCACAGAUUUAAAAAAAAAAAUCUGUUUCUGAUAUUUAUUAACAGCAUUAAUUGGCAAUUCUGUGUCAAAUCAGACAUUUAGCACCCCAUGUAGCCUGAGUGAAAUCAACUCUGUUUCACAACCACAUUUUUCUACUACUGCGACGUAAAAAUUGACAAUCGGGUUCACCAGCAUAAGAUAUAUAUGUAAAAAUAUAUAAAUAUCCAAGACGUGAUGAUCAUGCCAUGCAAUGGCUGAAUUAGGGUUUCAUCUUUGCAGUAUAAGUUGAGGCAACAAGUGAUGUUCCCUCUAAAUAUCCAAAAAUUGUUUCCUUUGAAUAAUUACUGGAGGCCUGAAGAGAUUAAAUUGCAAAAUAUUUCACAAAAAGAAAAAGUCCAAACACUCAAACACAUACAUCAAACGACCACUUUAUCCAACUGUACCAGCCUGCCUGAGCUUAAGAGUAUAAUCACACACACGCACUGGUGAUACGUGACAACUGCCAUUGAGGAAACAAAAUAAAGUUUUCUGUGACAUUUCUGCUUUUUAUGGUGCCACUCAUUCAGCAACAGUACUGCUUGUUUGAUUUCAAAUACAUGAUUCAUUAUAUUCUGCUGUUCUUAAUAAUAUUUGCUAUGAGAGCGAAUGUUCCUGCAGCUCACUGCAACAGAUUAUUAUCUAAGAGAGGGAAGAUGUUGCACUGUACUACUUUUUCAAGCUGUUAGAUGUGACUGAAAGAAGAUGAAAAUUACUGAACAAUGAAAAUGCCAUUUUUAUUUUGGUCAGUUUUAUUUUCUGUGUUUGUAUGUGUUCAAUUUUGUCUGCUUGCUUUUUAUAAGCAGAGUCUGAGUGACAUUACAUGUUCUUAAAACAGCA